CAUGCUAAUAUCGGCAGGAGAGGCGUAGCAUCGCGUUUCUAUCUAUCCUGCUGUCUCCCCAGUCAGCGGUGGCUUUCAGAGUCUAAACAGGCUCAUUAACAGCCAUGGCUGAGGGCGGAGAAGGGGAAGAUGAGAUUCAGUUCUUACGAACUGAUGACGAGGUGGUGCUUCAGAGUGUUGCCACCAUUCAGAAAGAAAACCGCAAGUUUUGUUUGUCAGUGGAGGGACUCGGAAAUCGACUGUGCUUCCUGGAACCCACAUCUGAGGCUAAGUAUGUUCCACCCGACCUGUGUAUCUGCUGCUUUAUCCUGGAGCAGUCUCUGUCUGUCCGAGCCCUGCAGGAGAUGUUGGCUCACACUGGGCCAAACGAGGGGAAAGCCAACCAUGAACAAUGGGCAGCCCAGGGGGGCGGACACCGGACCCUGCUCUACGGUCACGCCAUUCUCCUGCGCCACUCCUUCAGCGGAAUGUACCUGACCUGUCUGAAAACGUCAAGAUCGUUGACGGACAAACUGUCGUUUGAUGUGGGGUUACAAGAAGAUUCAAUAGGGGAGUCGUGUUGGUGGACCAUCCACCCCGCAUCCAAGCAGAGGUCAGAGGGAGAGAAGGUCCGGAUCGGAGAUGACCUCAUUCUGGUCAGCGUGUCCACGGAGAGAUACCUUCACCUGUCCAUCUCUAACGGCAGUUUCCAGGUGGAUGCCUCCUUCAUGCAGACUCUGUGGAACGUCCAGCCCACCUGCUCUGGAAGCAACGUGGCGGUCGGAUUCCUGUGUGGUGGUCAUGUGAUGCGUCUGUGUCACGGACAUGAUGAGAGUCUGACCAUACCUGGAUCGAAGGCCAGCGAGAUGGAGCAGAGGAUCGUGAACUAUGAGAUGGGAAAAGGAACAUCCAGGGCCCGCUCCCUGUGGAGGCUGGAACCGCUCAGGAUCGGUUGGAGCGGUAGCCACAUUCGUUACGGUCAAGCCUUCCGUCUACGCCACCUGUCCACCGGUCACUACCUGGCGCUCACCGAAGACCACGGCCUGGUUCUGCAAGAUAGAGGGAAGUCUGACACCAAGUCCACCGCGUUCUGCUUCCGGGCGACCAAGGAGAAGAUUGAAGCCGGCACAAAGAACCGGGACAUGGAAGGCAUGGGGGUGGCGGAGAUCAAGUACGGCGACUCUGUGUGCUUCGUGAUGCACGUGGCCACGGGCCUGUGGUUGUCCUACCAGGCGCCCGACGCAAAAGCCUCGCGCAUUGGACCCCUGAAGAGAAGGGCCUGCCUGCACGCCGAGGGACACAUGGAUGACGGUCUGACCCUGCAGCGCUGUCAACACGAGGAGGCCCGGGCGGUACGCAUCAUCAGGAACACCACGGUCCUCUUCAGCCAGUUCAUCCGGGGUCUGGACAGCAUCGCAGGGGACAAGAAUGUGGAGGUGUCUCUACCUGAUCUUGAUGAGGUGUUACAGACACUGGAUGAUUUGAUUGAGUAUUUCAAACAGCCCGACUCAGAGCUGGAACAUGAGGAGAAACAGACCCUGCUGAGGUCUCUCAUCAAACGACAGGACCUAUUCAAAGAGGAGGGGAUGUUGACGUUGCUGGUGAAGUGUAUCGACCGUCUGAACCUGUACAACAGCGCCGCCCACUUUGGGGAACACGCAGGGGAGGAGGCCGGAGCUGCCUGGAAGAAUAUACUCAACCUGCUCUACGAGCUCCUGGCCUCUCUGAUCAAAGGCAACAGGAACAACUGCACCCAGUUCUCAAAGAACCUGGACUGGCUGGUCAGCAAGCUGGAGAGACUGGAGUCCUCAUCAGGUAUUCUGGAGGUGCUUCACUGUAUCUUAAUUGAGUCUCCUGAAGCUCUGAACAUUAUCCAGAAGGCACACAUCAAGUCCAUCAUCUCCCUGCUCUACAAACAUGGACGCAACCACAAGAUCCUAGAUGUCCUGUGUUCCUUGUGUGUUUGUAAUGGGGUAGCUGUGAGAGCCAAUCAGAACCUCAUCUGUGAUCACCUGCUUCCUAAGAGAGACCUGCUCCUGCAGACGCGGUUGGUCAAUGACGUUCAGAGUAUGAGACCCAACAUCUUCCUGGGGAUGGCGGAGGGAUCAGCCCAGUACAGGAAGUGGUACUAUGAGCUGAUGAUCGACCAGGUGGACCACUUCGUGACCAGCGAGCCGUCACACCUGCGCGUGGGCUGGGCCAGCUCCAAGGGUUACGCCCCCUACCCUGGGGGUGGGGAGGGCUGGGGGGGCAACGGUGUGGGGGACGACCUGUACUCCUACAGCUUCGAUGGACUCCACCUGUGGUCAGGGCGGGUGCCGCGGGCCGUGGCCUCCAUCAACCAACACCUGUUGAACUCUGACGACGUGGUCAGCUGCUGCCUGGACCUGGGCGCUCCCUCCAUCUCCUUCAGGAUCAACGGCCAGCCCGUUCAGGGCAUGUUCGAAGACUUCAACACCGACGGCUUCUUCUUCCCCGUUGUCAGCUUCUCCGCUGGGGUCAAGGUGCGUUUCCUGUUGGGGGGUCGUCACGGAGACUUCAAGUUCCUACCGCCGGCGGGCUACUCCCCGUGCUACGAGGCCUUGCUCCCCAAGGAGAAGAUGAGUGUGGAGGCUGUGAAGGACUACAAGAGGGACCAUGGUGGGGUCAGGGACCUGCUGGGGACAACACAGCUCCUCUCCCAGGCCUCCUUCAUCCCCACACCUGUCGACACCAGCCAGAUUGUUUUGCCGUCUCACCUGGAAAAUGUGCGGGACAGGCUAGCAGAGAAUAUCCAUGAACUGUGGGGGAUGAACAAGAUUGAACUGGGAUGGUCCUAUGGCAAGGUUCGUGAUGACAAUAAGAGGCAGCAUCCUUGCCUUGUGGAUUUCACCAAACUGCCUGAAACAGAGAGCAACUACAACCUGCAGAUGUCCAGCGAAACGCUCAAGACUCUGUUGGCCUUAGGGUGUCAUGUGGCACAGACCAACGUCAAUGCUGUGGACGAUCUGAAGAAAGUCAAACUGCCCAAGGAGUAUGUGAUGUCUAAUGGGUACAAGCCAACGCCACUGGAUCUUUCUGAGGUGAAACUAACGGCCGGGCAGGAGGUUCUGGUGGAUAAACUGGCAGAGAAUGCACACAACGUGUGGGCCAAGGACAGAAUCAAACAGGGAUGGACCUAUGGAAUACAGCAGGAUGUGAAAAGCAGGCGGAACCCUCGCUUGGUGCCCUAUGCCCUGCUAGACGAGAGGACCAAGAAGUCCAACCGAGACAGCCUGCGGGAGGCCAUCAGGACACUGGUGGGGUACGGCUACAACAUAGACCCCCCCGACCAGGAGGCCUGUCACGUUGUGGAGAGGCAGAGCAUCGAGACCAUCCGUUUCUUCCGCGUGGAGCAGACGUAUGCCGUGAAGACCGGGAAGUGGUACUUUGAGUUUGAGGCGGUGACCGGGGGGGACAUGAGGGUGGGCUGGGCCAGACCCGGCUGCAGAUCCGACUUUGACCUGGGCAUGGACGACCAGGCCUUCGUCUUCGACGGAUUCAAGGCUCGCCGUAUGCACAUGGGCGCGACUUCCUUCGGGCGUUCUUGGAGCCCAGGAGAUGUGGUGGGCUGCAUGAUCAGCAUGGAGGACAAGUCGAUGAUGUUCACCCUCAACGGGGAACUGCUCAUCACCAACAAGGGAUCUGAGCUCUGCUUCAUUGACUUUGAGACUGAGGACGGUUUUAUCCCAGUGUGUUGCAUAACCCAGUCCCAGGUGGGUCGUAUGAACCUGGGGAAGGACGCCAGCACCUUUAAGUAUUACACCAUGUGUGGUCUCCAGGAGGGCUUUGAACCCUUUGCGGUCAACAUGAACAGAGAGGUCACCAUGUGGUUCAGCAAACGCCUUCCUACCUUUGUCAAUAUCCCCAAGGACCACCUCCACAUUGAGGUGACCAGGAUCGACGGGACAGUUGAUAACCCCCCCUGUCUGAAAGUGACCCACAAGACCUUUGGAACCCAGCAGAGCAACAGUGACAUGUUGUACUGCAGACUCAGCAUGCCUGUGGAGUUCCACGCCCGUGAUGUCAACGCUGAAGAGUCUCAGAAACUCAGUCAGCCUCCGAAGGAAGACGAUUACGGAAGCAUCACAACAUACUUCCACUCAGUGAGGGUGUUCGCUGGUCAGGACCCGGCGUCGGUGUGGGUCGGCUGGGUAACCCCGGACUACCAUUACAUCAGCAAGAACUUCAGCCUCAACAAAACACGCACGGUUACUGUAACCCUGGGAGACGAAAGAGGUCGCGUCCACGAGAGUGUUCGGAGAAGUAACUGCUACAUGGUCUGUGCCGGAGAUGUUGCCAGCGCGUCCCACUCCUCAUCUCGUUCCAACGUCGACCUGGAGAUUGGCUGUUUCGUUAACCUGGCAACAGGCUUAAUCGCUUUCACUGCCAACGGCAAGGAGCUGGCAACCACCUACGAGGUGGAGUCCAACACCAAGCUGUUCCCUGCUGUGUUUGUCCGUCCCACCAGCCCCAACCUGUUCCAGUUUGAGUUUGUCAAAAUCAAGAACGCCAUGCCCUUGUCGUCCGCGAUCUUCAAGAGCGAGCUGCGCAACCCGGUGCCCCAGUGCCCGCCGCGCCUGGACAUCCAGACCAUGGUGUCGGUGCUGUGGAGCCGCAUGCCCAACCACUUCCUGACGGUGGAGACGGCCCGGGUCUCGGAGAGGCACGGCUGGGUCGUCCAGUGUCUGGAGCCCCUGCAGAUGCUGGCUGUUCAUAUACCCGAGGAGAACAGGUGUCUAGACAUCCUGGAGUUAUCGGAAGACGAGGGUCUGAGGGCGUUUCACUACCACACCCUGAAGCUCUACUGUGCCCUCUGUGCACUGGGUAACACUCGCGUGGCUCACGCCCUCUGCUCUCACCUCGACCAAUCACAGCUGCUCUACACCAUCAACAACCAGUACCUGUCCGGCAUGCUAAGAGAGGGCUUCUAUGACGUUCUGAUUAGCAUCCACCUGGAGACAGCCAAGGAUGCCCGUCUGAUGAUGAACAAUGAGUUUAUUAUCCCUGUCACCGAUGAGACACGCUCCAUCAAGCUGUUCCCAGAUGAGUCAAAGAGACACUCCCUGCCUGGCGUGGGCCUCAGCACAUCUCUGAAACCAAGGCUCAACUUCUCCCCUCUGUCCUUCAUCACCACCAAGAAAACACAGCACCUCUACAGCCCCCACAUCCCCCUGGGGAUCCUGAAGGACAAGGCCAUCAGCAUGCUGACCGAGGCUGUGCAGGGCGGAGGCAGCCACAUCCGGGACCCGGUGGGAGGCAGUGUGGAGUUCCAGUUCGUCCCCAUCCUCAAACUCAUCGGCACCCUGCUGAUCAUGGGGGUCCUCACCAGCGAGGAGGUGCGGCUGAUUUUGCUCCUCAUUGACCCCAACGUGUUUGGAGACCCACCCGAGGAGGAGGCGAAGGUAGAGGAGGCAGUGGCAGUAGGGGAGAAGGAGGACGUGAGCAGCAACGAGGAGAAGGCCGUGGAGGCCGGUGAGGAGGAGAACAAGGAGGUCAAGCCACCAGUGAAGGGACUGCUGGAGAAGACACUGCCUGAAUCGGUCAAGCGACAGAUGUGUGAGCUGCUCCACUACUUCUGCGACUGUGAACUGAAGCAGCGUAUCGAGGCCAUUGUGUCCUUCUCAGACGGUUUCGUCUCCAAGCUGCAGUUCAACCAGAAGUUCAGGUACAACGAGCUGAUGCUGGCCCUCAACAUGUCCGCUGCCGUCACCGCCAAAAAGACCAAGGAGUUCAGGUCUCCUCCUCAAGAACAGAUCAAUAUCCUGUUAAACUUCUCUGCUGGGGAGGACUGUCCGUGUCCAGAGGAGAUUCGGGAGGAGCUGUACAGCUUCCAUGAUGAGCUCAGACUGCACUGCGGAAUCCCAGUGGAGGAGGAGGAGGAAGAGCAGGACAAGUCAAUAAAGGGUCGUCUGCUGGCUCUCCUCUACAAGAUUAAAGGACCUCCCAAGAAAAAAGAUGAGCAGCCUACAGAGGAAGAACAAGCUGCUCCCACCAACCUGAAGGAGCUGAUCUCCCAGACCAUGGCCAGCUGGGCCCAGGAGUGCAGUAUCCAGGACCCGGAACUGGUCCGCGUGAUGUUCAGCCUGCUGAGACGACAGUACGACGGUGUUGGAGCGCUACUGAGAGCCUUGAGGAAGAGUUACACCAUCAGUGCCGCAUCAGUACAGGACUGUGUCAACCUGCUGGCUUCCCUGGGCCAGAUCAGAUCUCUGCUGGCGGUUCGCAUGGGGAAGGAAGAGGAGAAACUGAUGAUAGAUGGACUGGGAGACAUCAUGAACAACAAGGUUUUCUAUCAGCACCCCAACCUGAUGAGGGUCUUGGGAAUGCACGAGACCGUCAUGGAGGUCAUGGUCAAUGUGCUGGGAGGAGACAAGUCACAGGAGAUAGCCUUCCCCAAGAUGGUGGCCAGCUGCUGUCGGUUCCUGUGUUACUUCUGUCGUAUUAGCCGUCAGAACCAGAAGGCAAUGUUUGAUCAUCUGAGCUACCUACUGGAGAACAGCUCUGUCGGACUGGCCUCCCCGGCCAUGCGGGGCUCCACACCCCUGGAUGUGGCGGCCUCUUCGGUGAUGGACAACAACAGCCUGGCCCUGGCCCUGGAGGAGCCCGAUCUGGAAAAGGUGGUGACCUACCUGGCAGGUUGUGGCCUGCAGAGCUGUGCUAUGCUCCUAGCUAAAGGCUAUCCUGAUAUCGGCUGGAACCCAAUAGAAGGAGAGAGAUACCUGUCCUUCCUUCGCUUUGCUGUCUUUUGCAAUGGUGAGAGUGUGGAGGAGAAUUCAAACGUGGUGGUGAAGCUGUUAAUCAGGCGUCCGGAGUGUUUCGGUCCGGCUCUGAGAGGGGAAGGGGGUAACGGUCUGUUGGCGGCCAUGUUGGAAGCCAUUAAGAUAUCUGAGGACCCUGCUCUGGACCUGCCCUCUACAGCCAAAGCCCAACCCGAUGGGUCAGGGGAGGAUGAGGAGGAGGAAGAGGUGGCCCACACAGGAAACGCCAUCAUGUCUUUCUACUCCGCCCUUAUUGACCUGCUGGGACGCUGCGCCCCGGAGAUGCACCUGAUCAACAAGGGUAAAGGCGAAGCCCUGCGCAUCCGGGCCAUCCUACGGUCCCUGGUUCCGACCACUGAUCUAGUGGGCAUUAUAAGUAUCCCACUGAAAAUGCCCACUGUCAAUAAAGACGGUACUGUGAAGGAGCCUGACAUGUCAGCUAGUUUCUGCCCGGACCACAAGGCCCCUAUGGUGUUGUUCCUGGAUCGUGUGUACGGCGUGGAGGACCAGACCUUCCUGCUUCACCUGUUAGAGGUGGGCUUCCUGCCAGACCUCCGGGCUUCUGCUUCCUUGGACACGGAUGUCCUGAGCACCACUGAGACAGCCCUGGCCAUGAACAGGUACAUCGGCUCGGCCGUGCUGCCCCUCCUCACCAGGUGUGCCGACCAGUUCGCCGGCACCGAGCACUACGCCACGCUCAUAGACUCCACGCUGCACACCAUCUACCGGCUGUCCAAGGGACGCUCGCUCACCAAGGCCCAGAGGGACUCCAUCGAGGAGUGCCUGCUCGCCAUCUGCAAACACUUGCGUCCCUCGAUGAUGCAGCAGCUGUUGAGACGCCUGGUCUUUGAUGUUCCCCUGCUGACGGAGUACUGCAAAAUGCCCCUCAGGCUUUUGACAGAACACUAUGAGCAGAGUUGGAAGUACUACUGCAUCCCGUCUGGAAUGGGCAUCUCUGGCAUGGCGUCAGAUGAUGAGCUCCUGCUCACCAAGAAACUCUUCUGGGGAAUAUUCGACUCGCUCUCAGCCAAGAGGUUUGACCCUGACCUGUUCAAGACUGCCAUGGCCUGCCUCAGUGCCAUUGCCGGAGCUGUGCCACCUGACUACGUGGACGCCAGCCCCAGUGCCACCCUGGAGAAGCAGGUUUCCGUGGACGCGCAUGGAAACUUUGACCCCAAACCCAUCAACACAGCCAACAUCUCUCUCCCUGAGAAACUGGACUACAUUGCCAACAAGUUUGCAGAGCAGUCCCACAUCAAGUGGUCUUCUGAGAAGGUGACAGCGGGCUGGAAAACGGGAGACGUUUUGGAUGAAGAGGCCAAAACUCACCCUCUGCUCAAGCCUUACAAAUCCCUGAGUGAGAAGGAGAAGGAGUCGUACCGUUGGCCAGUGAAGGAAUCUCUCAAGAGCAUGUUGGCAAUGGGCUGGAACAUUGAGAGGACCAAAGAGGGAGAAGCCAUGUUAAUCGAGAAACAAAUCAAGAUGUCGGAGUCCACUCAGGAUAACGAUAAUGGAUUCAUCCCGGAAUCACCAAUGGACCUGAGCAACAUUACUCUGUCCAGAGAGUUGCAGUCCAUGGUGGAGGUUGUGGCGGAGAACUAUCACAACAUUUGGGCCAAGAAGAAGAAAAUCGAGUUGGAUGGUAAAGGAGGCGGGACCCACUCCUUGCUGGUUCCCUAUGACACACUGACAGCUAAAGAGAAGUACCGCGACAGAGAGAAGGCCCAGGAUCUCUUUAAGUUUCUGCAGAUCAACGGAUACACCAUCACCAGAGGCGUGAAGGACAUGGAGCAGGACUCGUCGUCCAUGGAGAAGAGGUUUGCCUUCACGUUCCUCAAGAGGCUGCUGAAAUACGUGGACUCAGCUCAGGAGUUCAUUGCCCACCUAGAGGCCAUGGCCACGAGCGGAAAGACGGACAAGUCACCCCACGACCAGCAAAUCAAGUUCUUCGCCAAGGUCCUGCUCCCUCUCAUCGACACCUACUUCAAGAAUCACAGCAUGUACUUCCUGUCCACGCCCUCUAAGAACCUGAGCAGCAGUGGCUACGCAUCUAACAAGGAGAAGGAGAUGGCCACUAGCCUGUUCUGUAAGAUGGCAGCUCUUGUCAGACACAGGAUUUCCCUCUUUGGAAGUGACACAGGGAUUAUGGUGAGCUGUCUACUCAUCCUGGCUCAUUCACUGGAUACAAGGACGGUGAUGAAGUCAGGCUCGGAGCUGGUGAAGGCUGGUGUGAGGACGUUCUUCGAGAACGCAGCCGAGGAUCUGGAAAAGACUCUGGAGAUGCUGAAGCUCGGAAAGUUCAGCCAUUCCCGCUCACAGAUGAAAUGCUUGUCCCAGAACAUCAGCUACGCCACCACUGCCCUGCUGCCCAUCCUCACCGGCCUGUUCGAACACAUCACCAUGCACAAAUUUGGAGUCCAGCUGCUGGUGGAUGAUGUCCAGCUGUCGUGCUAUCGCAUCGUGACCUGUCUCUACACAUUGGGCACAGGGAAAUACAUCUACGUGGAGAGGCACCUGCCGGCUCUAGGGGAGUGUCUGGCCACCCUGGUGGGAGCGAUGCCUGCGGCCUUCCUGGAGCCGGAUCUGAACGCCCACAACCCCCUGUCGGUCUUCAACACCAAGACACCCCGCGAGAGGGCCAUCCUGAGUAUGCCAGACUCUGUUGUGGAGAUGUGUCCAGAGAUGCCCCGUCUGGACGGCCUCCUGAAGGACAUUAACGACAUCUCGGAGUCUGGUGCACGGUACACCGAGAUGCCUCAGGUGAUCGAGGUGAUCCUGCCCAUGCUGUGUACCUACCUGUCCCACUGGUGGGAGAAGGGCCCGGAGAACUCGGCGCCCGACGCGGCCUGCUGCACCACCGUCUGUUCCAACCACCUCAGCAUCAUCCUGGGGAACAUCCUCAAGAUCCUCAACAACAACCUGGGCAUCGAUGAUGCCCCCUGGAUGAAGAGGAUUGCAGUGUACUCUCAGCCAAUCAUCUGCAAGGCUGCGGCGGACCUCUUGAAAAGUCACUUUCUGCCCACUCUGGAGAAACUCAGAAAGAAGACAGUGAAGGUGGCAGCAGAGGAGGAGCUGCUGAAGGCCGACAUUAAAGGAGAUACUCAGGAGGCUGAGCUGCUCAUCCUGGAUGAGUUUGCUGUCCUCUGCAGAGACCUCUAUGCCUUCUACCCAAUGCUCAUCCGUUAUGUGGACAAUAACAGGUCCAGAUGGUUGAAACGGCCAAAUGCUCAGUCCAAUGAGCUAUUCAACAUGGUGGCUGAGAUCUUUAUCCUUUGGUGCAAAUCACAUAACUUCAAAAGGGAAGAGCAGAAUUUUGUGGUUCAGAAUGAAAUCAACAACCUAUCUUUUCUGACUGGAGAAAGUAAGACCAAGAUGUCCAAGUCCGGUGGCGACCAGGACAGGAAGCACAAGAGGCGACGCGGGGAGUUGUACUCGGUCCAGACCUCCCUGAUCGUUGCUGCCCUGAAGAAGAUGCUCCCCAUCGGGCUGAACAUGUGCACACCCGGAGACCAGGAGCUCAUCUCCCUGGCCAAGACACGCUACAGCCUGAAAGACACGGAUGAUGAGGUGAAGGACCAGCUGCGUGCCAACCUUCACCUUCGGGACAAGUCUGAUGACCUGGCAGUGCAGUGGCAGAUGAACCUGUAUAAAGACGUGGUGGUGGAGAGUGAUGAGCCUACAGAGGCAGACAACAUCGUUGACAGAGUACAGAGCAUCUCUGCUGCCAUCUACCACCUGGAGCAGGUGGAGCAGCCUCUAAGGAUCAAGAAGUGUAUCCUGCAGAAGCUGCUGUCCAAGCAGCGCAAACGGGCCGUGGUGGCCUGCUUCCGCAUGGCUCCGCUCUACAACCUGCCCAGGCAUCGUUCUAUUAACCUCUUCAUGUUGGGCUAUCAGAGACUGUGGAUAGAGGCAGAGGACUACUCCUUUGAGGAGAGGCUAGUUCAGGACCUGGCAAAAACCCAAAUGAAGAUCGUUGAAGAGGAGGAAGAGGAUGAGGUUGAGGUUCAGCCAGAUCCUCUGCAUCAGCUUAUCCUUCACUUCAGCCACAAUGCUCUUACAGAGAGAAGUUUCUUGGAAGAAGAUCCUUUAUAUAUUGCUUAUGCAGACAUGAUGGCAAAGAGUUGUGCAGAGGAUGAAGAAGAAAAUGAGGAAGAGGCUAAAGAGAAGACAUUCGAGGAAAAAGAGAUGGAGAAACAGAAGAUCUUGUACCAGCAGGCCAGACUUCAUGCACGCGGGGCUGCAGAGAUGGUGCUGCAGAUGAUCAGUGCCAGUAAAGGUCGAUUAGGUCCUAUGGUUACCUGCACCCUGAAACUGGGCAUCUCCAUUCUGAAUGGAGGCAAUGUGUUGGUUCAGCAGAAAAUGCUGGAUUACCUGAAAGAAAAAAGAGACGCUGGCUUUUUCAAGAGUUUGUCAGGACUGAUGCAGUCAUGCAGUGUCCUGGACUUGAAUGCCUUUGAGAGACAGAACAAAGCAGAAGGUCUUGGGAUGGUGACAGAGGAAGGAUCCAUCAAGAGUGAGCAGGGUACCAAAGUUCUCACAAAUGAUGACUUCACCAAAGAUCUCUUCAGGUUUUUGCAACUGCUCUGUGAAGGGCACAAUGGGGAUUUCCAAAACUUCCUGAGAACACAAACGGGAAACACAACGACAGUCAAUAUUAUUAUCAGCACUGUGGACUACCUGCUACGCCUUCAGGAAUCCAUCAGUGAUUUCUACUGGUAUUAUUCUGGGAAAGACAUUAUAGAUGAACAUGGACAGGAGAACUUCUCAAAGGCCUUGGCUGUGGCCAAGCAGAUCUUCAACUCACUCACUGAGUACAUCCAGGGUCCAUGUAUUGGGAACCAGCAGAGUCUGGCCCACAGCAGACUGUGGGACGCGGUGGUGGGAUUCCUGCAUGUGUUUGCUAAUAUGCAGAUGAAGCUAUCCCAGGACUCCAGCCAGAUUGAGCUGCUGAAGGAGUUGAUGGACCUUCAAAAGGACAUGGUGGUGAUGAUGCUGUCAUUGCUAGAGGGUAACGUUGUUAACGGAACUAUUGGGAAACAGAUGGUUGACACGUUGGUGGAGUCCUCCAGCAACGUGGAGAUGAUUCUCAAGUUCUUCGACAUGUUCCUCAAGAUCAAGGACCUGACCACCUCCGACAACUUCAGGGAGUACGACCCCGAUAACAAGGGAGUCAUCUCAAAGAAGGAAUUCCAAAAGUCCAUGGAGAACCAGAAGCAAUACACCCAGUCGGAGAUUGAGUUCCUGCUCUCCUGCGCUGAGGCAGACGAGAACGACAUGUUUAACUACGAGGAGUUCGUCGAGAGGUUCCACGAGCCAGCCAAGGACAUUGGCUUCAAUGUUGCCGUGCUGCUGACCAACCUUUCAGAGCACAUGCCUCAUGACCCCCGCCUCGCCACCUUCCUGGAACCGGCAGAGAGCGUCUUGAACUACUUUGAGCCAUAUCUGGGCCGCAUCGAGAUCAUGGGCGGCGGCAAGCGCAUUGAGAGGGUCUACUUUGAGAUCAGUGAGUCAAGUCGUACGCAGUGGGAGAAGCCCCAGGUCAAAGAGUCCAAGAGACAGUUCAUCUUCGACGUGGUCAACGAGGGCGGAGAGAGCGAGAAGAUGGAGAUGUUUGUCAACUUCUGCGAAGACACCAUCUUUGAGAUGCAGCUGGCCUCUCAGAUAUCGGAGCCGGACGUGGUGGAGCGCCCAGAGGAGGACGAGGAGGAGGUGCACAGCUUCUUUGAAGAGCUUGCGGAGGAACAGGAAGAGAGCGAGCUUGAGGCUUCCUCAGCUUUCAACAUGGCCUGCGUCUCUGCCAAGAAGAAAUUCUCCAAAUUCAAGCAGACGCUGACUUUUAAGAACCUCAAGAAGAAGUACAAGAAGUUCAAGAAGCUGAGCAUAAAGGAGAUGAUCCAUGGGUUCUUCUCCUUCUUCUGGAUGAUCUUCACAGGCUUCUUCAAGGGGAUAUACAGCAUAAUCUUUGGAUUUUUCCAUCUCAUCUGGUCAUCUAUGUUUGGAGGAGGGCUUGUUGAAGGAGCCAAGAAUAUGAAGGUGACAGACAUACUGGGCAACAUGCCGGACCCCACACAGUUCGGCAUCCACGGCGAUGUGUUAGAGACGGAAAAGGCGGAGGUGGGAGAUUCGGUGUCGGGCGGGACAGACCAGGCCAUUGUGCCAGUGGACAAGGCAGAGCAGGACAUACUGAUGGAGUUGAUUAACCCGGCGCCAAAAAAAGGAGAAGGGUUAAAACAUGUCGAUCCUGGACUAGGCGAUAUGGCUGAGAGUCAGACUGUGGAGAAGAAGAAUUUGACCAGCACUUUUGAGAAGAAGAAGGCCGCCACUGCCGCUGAAGUCAAGGAAUCUGAGCCAGAGAAAGCAGACACUGAGAAGAAGGAGAAGGAAGACAAGGCGAUGGUGGAGGAGCUUAAAGAGGCAGUGGCUGAGGAGAAACCUGUCCCCAAGUCGAGAAACGGCCAAGCAAAGGAAGCUCCUACUUCCUUCUUUGCCAGCUUCUUUGUUGGGCUGGAGGUCUAUCAGACCAAGAUGCUGAACACACUGGCUCGCAACUUCUACAACAUGCGUUUCCUGGCUCUGUUUGUGGCAUUUGCCAUCAACUUCAUUCUACUGUUCUACAGGGUAACUGGUGAUGGUUCUGAUAAUGAUGAGGAUGACUCCUGGACUAGUUCUGAUGACGAGGAGGAAGGUGACGAUGAGUACUUUGUCCUGGAGGAGAGUACAGGCUACAUGGCCCCUAUGCUGUGUUUCCUGGCGUUAUUCCACACUGCUCUUUCCACACUCUGUCUGGUUGGUUACUACUUCCUGAAGGUGCCCUUGGUGGUGUUUAAGAGGGAGAAAGGGAUUGCCAGGAAGUUGGAGUUUGACGGACUCUACAUCACAGAGCAGCCGUCGGAUGAUGACAUCACAGGACAGUGGGACCGUCUAGUCAUUAACACACCGUCCUUUCCCAAUAACUACUGGGAUAAGUUCAUCAAACGGAAGGUGAUCAACAAGUAUGGUGAUAUGUACGGAGCUGUGCGUAUAGCUGAGCUGUUGGGUCUGGACAAGAGUGCUCUGGACUUCGACCCGACCCAGGAGACUGUGGCAGAGGAGGGUUCUCUCGUGUCCUGGUUGAGCUCAAUCGACACCAAAUACCACAUCUGGAAGAUGGGCGUGGUGCUGACUGAUAACUCCUUCCUCUAUCUGAUCUGGUACGCCACCAUGUCAAUCCUGGGGCACUUCAACAACUUCUUCUUCGCCGCCCAUCUUCUGGACAUCGCCAUGGGCUUCAAGACCCUGAGAACCAUCUUGUCCUCGGUCACUCACAAUGGAAAACAGUUGGUGCUGACGGUGGGUCUUCUAGCAGUGGUGGUGUAUCUUUACACUGUUGUGGCCUUCAACUUCUUCAGGAAGUUCUACAACAAGAGCGAGGAUGAGGCUGCACCCGACAUGAAGUGUGACGACAUGAUGACUUGCUAUCUGUUCCACCUGUAUGCCGGGGUGAGGGCUGGCGGUGGGAUCGGCGAUGAGCUGGAGGAUCCGGCAGGUGACCCUUAUGAGCUGUGGCGUAUCCUGUUUGACAUCACCUUCUUCUUCUUCGUCAUCGUCAUCCUCUUGGCCAUCAUUCAGGGUCUGAUUAUUGACGCGUUUGGGGAACUGAGAGAUCAGCAGGAACAGGUGAAGGAAGACAUGGAGACGAAAUGCUUCAUCUGUGGUAUCGGAAACGACUACUUCGACACGACACCGCACGGCUUUGAGACCCACACCUUACAGGAGCACAACCUGGCCAACUAUCUGUUCUUCCUGAUGUACCUUAUCAACAAGGACGAGACGGAACACACUGGUCAGGAGUCAUAUGUGUGGAAGAUGUACCAGGAGAGAUGCUGGGACUUCUUCCCUGCUGGUGAUUGUUUCAGGAAGCAAUAUGAAGACCUGCUCGGGUAGAAAGGACAGCUAGGACACCAUUACCCAGCUACCCUUCAACCUUACCUGGGUGGAAAAGACCUCUGACACUACAUUACCCAGCUACCCUUCAACCUUACCUGGGUGGAAAAGACCUCUGACACUACAUUACCCAGCUACCCUUCAACCUUAGCUGGGUGGAAAAGACCUCUAACACUACAUUACCCAGCUACCCUUCAACCUUACCUGGGUGGAAAAGACCUCUGACACUACAUUACCCAGCUACCCUUCAACCUUAGCUGGGUGGAAAAGACCUCUGACACUACAUUACCCAGCUACCCUUCAACCUUACCUGGGUGGAAAAUACACUCAACACUACACAGUUACCCUAGAGUAACACUAGAAUUUUUUAAAGAGGAAUAUCACAGCACUACACCUCAUAAAAUAGACUUCUUAGUCACUUCAAGAACCGUUAACGGAUAGAAAACCUUUGUGGAUACUGUAGACACUCGACAAAGUUACUCUACCUAAUGUAUCUGAGAGACUUCUAACUCACUUGAACCUUAAUGAAACCUGAAGAGUAGCUCCACUCAGCUCUGUUGCUGCUGCUGAUGUAUCCAUCGUAGUCCCACCUACUGAAUGGCCAGUCGAUCCUGACGACAGUCCACUGAUGAAGACAUGGACGAUGAUUCAACGCUGUAUUUCUGUUUAUCUGAAAAGCACUGUCCUUUCGCCUGAUACUAAGAGAUUAGUCACGCUGCCACGAUGACACCUUGUUCGCUCUUUAAAUGCAAAUGUUUAUUUUCUUUUGAUGGCACAUUGCCGUUUCCACACGCUUAACCUCAAAACGGCUGCACAAAUGUGUCUUUAUGUGGAGAGGAGACAUUGAUAUGUUCUUGGGUUACAGUUUGAUGGGUAAGUAAUGACAUGUUUAAUGCACAAGACAUUAUAUUAGUACCGAAGUAGAAUUGGCGCUCAAAUGUGACCGUUAUGAUGAUACUGGUAAUGAAUAAUGUUAUUAGACCCAUUUGACCUUUGACAGAACUUGGUCUGCAAGUGCUUGGCAAGUUGGGGAAUUAAAAAAGGAGUUGGGUCAAAGACUGGAGCCUAGUAUAGUGUUGUAGAGCCAAUGUGCCUUCCUGUGAGAAACUAUGCAAGCAAAAACAUAUAUAUAUAUAUACACACAUUGUUCACCUUAGAGACACUUAGUGCUCUCCUUCUGGAUUAGUAAGUGGUGGAAUUACCAUGCAACAGUAGGGAUAGUUGUGGUUUUUCAGUUCAAAGAAAGGGGGGAAAAAAAACUUGUUGUAUAAAAUCUAGAUAAACUAUUGUAAAUGUU